CAAUCAUUCAUAUAGUGACGUAAUCAGUGUCGCGUAGUAAAUAAACCGAAAGGACGGACAAGCUAAAAAUGACUGACACAACUUGGAUUAUUUCUGACCGAAACCUUGGACUGUAUCGCUUUUGGUUCGGACAAGGCCGUUUCUAAACUGGUUUAUUUGUCUCCAGUAAUAUUAUAUUCGUGUAUAUUCGCUGUUUUAUUCAGUUUAACUUUGAAUGACUAGUUUAGCAUGAAGCUAGCUUCCUGCUUGAUGUUUCAUACGUUCAUUAAACACGCCAGUGCAGGGAAUACUUCAUACAUUACUACGAAGUCAAUAUAUACACAGUUAGGUGCUGUUCUGAACUUAAACCGAGUCUCCACGAGUGUUAGCCUACUUUCUAAACAACACUGGGCACACAGGAGCGGUAAUUAAACAGCUGUAGCUAUCCUAUUUAGCAAGCUAGCUUGUUAGGUAACAGUCUCUCUCUUGUGAUAUUUAUGGUGAAAAGACUCGCACAAAAUCAAAUUAUCAACCAAAUUUCUACACCUAUCAUCCCAAAACUCGUCGUUAGCUAAGAGCUAACCCUUAAUGAAUGAAUGAAUGAAUGUCUUGAGGAGACUGCAAGCUAACUGAGAUAGCUCAAGGCGCGAGCGGGUUUUUUAAAGCUGCAACAGGGGGAAAAGAUAAAUAAAGGAUCGUUAAAAUGUCGGAUUUAAACCGAGAAGUUGUGGAGUUGGUGUGGGGGAAACAUACGAGCAGCAGCGGAGUGUCUGCGUCUCUGUUCCGCAGGUGGACCCAAGGUUUUGUCUUCAGUGAGACUGAGCACAGUGCACUGGAGCAGUUUGAAGGUGGACCAUGUGCUGUGAUCGCACCUGUGCAGGCAUUCCUGCUAAAAAACAUCCUAUUCAACAUGGAGAGCUCAAACUGGAGAAGUAUCUCUGAGGAGGAGCAGCGCUUGGCCCUGUGCUCUACUCUCACUGAGAUUCUGGUGUCAGCCUGCACUGGCAAAUCCCACAACUUCUGCCUGGCCACGUGGGCUCCCUCCAAAUCCACUGACGAGAACAGGGACAUCACUGAAGACCACACAGAACCAGAAUCCAGUCAGAACUCGCAUACCCAACAGCAGCAGCCCACUGCUUUGGCUGCUGAGGAGCUUGGCUUUGAGCGGUUUCACAGCAUGGUACAUAAAAGGACACUAAAGACUGUUGCUGAGCUAAAGGAGAUAAUGCUAUCACUGUAUGACACUUGGCGGAAUAAAUUUGGUGUCUUGCUCUUCCUGUAUUCUGUAAUACUUACAAAGGGUAUUGAGAACAUAAAGAACGAGAUAGAGGACACUUCAGAGCCACUUAUUGACCCAGUGUAUGGUCAUGGCAGUCAAAGCCUCAUCAACCUGCUGGUCACGGGACAUGCAGUGUCAAACGUAUGGGAUGGGGACAGGGAAUGCUCUGGAAUGAAGCUUCAUGGGAUCCAUGAACAGGCUACUGUUGGCUUUCUCACACUAAUGGAAUCGCUGCGAUACUGCAAGGUUGGAUCAUUUCUCAAAUCUCCUAAAUUCCCUAUUUGGAUCCUUGGCAGUGAGACCCAUCUCUCUGUGUUUUUCACCAAGGAGAUGUCUCUGGUGGCCCCUGAGUCACCGUCAGAACAAGCCAGAAGAGUCUUUCAGACCUUCGAUCCAGAAGAUAACGGGUUCAUUCCUGACACACUGCUCGAGGACGUUAUGAAGGCUUUAGAUCUGGUCUCGGAGCCUGAGUAUGUCAAUCUGAUGAAGAGUAAGCUGGAUCCAGAGGGACUAGGAAUUGUUCUGUUGGGUCCAUUCCUGCUCGAGUUCUUCCCUGAUCAGGACUCAGGGAUUCCAGACUCAUUUCCUGUGUACCACUAUAACGGCCUGAAGCAGUCCAACCACAAUGAGAAGGUGAGUUAUGUUGAGGGCACUGCUUUAGUUCUUGGCUUCGAGGAUCCCAUGGUACGUACAGAUGACACACCGAUCAAGCGCUGCCUCCAGACAAAGUGGCCAUACCUCGAGCUUUUGUGGACCACAGAGAGAUCUCCUUCCCUCAAUUAACCCCCUACUCCAACAUCUCAUCUCUCAGGACCCCUGCACGCUCUCCAGACUAUGAAUUAUGGGAGACUGGCACAGCGCCUGAACUAAAUACCCAAGAGAAACGAUGCUGCCUGAUUCGCAUCGGCUCGCUUGCUCUAAUCUUUAUCACUUCUCAUCCAGCUUGUAUGUUUAAAAAAAAAAAUUGGGGGUUUUGUUUAAUAUUACAAAAAAAACCCUUAUAUCGAACGAAAUGAUUUUCUUUUUUUUUUUUUCCAGAAGGUGUUAAUAUUAUUUGUUUGCAGGUUUUCUACUGAUUUUUCUGGUUAAUUUGUUUACAAGGCAAAAAGAUGACAGUAAAUAAGAUUGAAGAUGAAGCAGGCCUACUGAGCUGACCAAAUAAGUCAUUUAUGGAUCUGUGGCUAGAUUUCUGUAGAUGUAGAUUUGAUGGUGGUAAUUGCGUCCAAGGUUUAAUCUGACCAAAGCCUCCUGGUGCUACAGGCCACAUUCUGCAGUGUUUAAGUAACUUGGAGAAAAGAAAGCCGGGCUAAGUAUAGACCGGUUUAUAAAGGAAUGCACUACAACCCAAACAAGGCACAGGAAGACGGAGGAGGAGGAUAAGAAGGGGGGGCGGCGAGACAGUAUUGGUAUUUGAUCUUGGACAUGACUAAGGUGUUUUUUGUUGUUGUUGUUCUUUUGUUUUGUGUUUUUUUUUUUUUGUUGUUUUGUUUUGUUUUUUUCCUUCACUACAGCAGUAACACUUAUUUAUUGUUCACUGCCUACACAAGGGACGAACAACUAUAUGCACACAUUAUUUAUUCUGACCCAGAUGAUUCACCAAAAUAAACUUUUUAUGUCUUCUUGCCUGGA